AAGUGUGACCAGAUUAAGUCAUUAAGUAUUCUUACAAUAACAGUUUAACAAAUUUAAUUAUUAUUCCUAGAAAUUUGGUCAUAGUCCUCAGUCUCUCAAACAUAAUAUAAACAGUGCAGCGCUACUGGCUGCUGACCAAUAUUCAGCUUAGUAUCUUGGAAAUUUUACCUUGCUCCGCGAUCAGCAUACUAGCCAUUAAGCAACAAAAGUUUUUAACAAUGGUUGAUCCGAAUCGUAAAAUCAACAGGCUCUCAGAUAAAGAUAUUAGCUUUUUAGAAGAAUGCGAACAAGAAUUCGCUUCACGCUACACAACAGACGAUGUCGAAUUUAUGGCGCAUUGCUCUAAGCCGCAGCCGGAUCCGCCGCUAGUAGAGAAUUGGAUGAGUGGUGGUGGAGGUGCGGCCGGCGGUGGAGGAGGUGGUGGUGGUGGUAGCGGCGGAGGAGGUCGAAAUGGAGGUUUUUCAAGCCCGUACAAUAAUCGAUAUAAUGGCGGUCAGCGAAGAGGAGGCGGCGAUCGUGGAUGGCAAAGACGUAGUGGCGGCUACAACAAUCACAACAGCAACAACGAACGCAAUUUCAGAGAUCACCAUCGGAACAGAUAUGAGGCUAAUCCACGCAGGGAUCGUGGUGAAGGAGGAGAUAGAUCUUCGGAGCGCUCCUAUCAGCAUAGAAGCCGCAACGAGCAGGGCGGUCAGGGCAUGCAGGUCAGGCGGGACUAUGGGAACUUUGUGCCUGCCUCCAAAGAUUAGUGUUUAGCCUACAAUUUCUUUUGUUUAGCACUAUUAAAAAAACGCAUUCACACAUGUUUGUGUAUGUGUAUGUAGACGUAUAAUUCGAUUUUUAAUGCGAU